AUGAGUUCAAUUGAGGCAAUUCUUCAAAGUCCUGCGGCUCAACCCCCUCCAGGGGUAACGGCGAAUUUCGACAACCCACCGAAUCAUAGGAUGGAGUCCAUUGCUUUCAUCACUGUCUGCAAUAUUAUAUGCACUUUUCUAUUCUUUAUUCGCGUUUAUACGAGGUUCUAUAUCAUACAUCGUUUUACACUAGAGGAUGUCUUUGUUGUUCUUGGAUGGGGAAUGUUCAUUGGAUACGCUGUCUCUCUCAGCCUAUACGUAGAGGUGUCUCCAGGGCUGGACCAGUGGAAUAUGCGAGUUGAGAAACUCUUCUCAGUGCUUUAUUACACCUAUAUCACUUCGAUUCUGAACAGAAUCCUCAUGUUCUUCAUCAAAUUCGCAAUUAUCUUGCAAUACCUCGAACUAUUCGCCCCAGCGAGAGUUAAUCAAAAGAUGUACUGGGCUUUAAAUGGUCUACUUUGGACGAACGUCCUAUUUUAUAUCACGGAGAUCUUUGUGGAAAUCUUUAGAUGCCACCCUAUCGCCAGAGCAUGGAAUCUGUUGAUCACCGAGGGCGCGUGUCCAGUCGAUUUCAUUGUACUCACUGUUGUGGCAGCCUGCAUCAACUUGGCAUCCGAUAUUGUCAUUUUGAUACUACCACAGGUCUGCAUAUGGAAACUUCAAAUGGGGUCAAAGCAAAAAUGGUCAAUCUCGAUACUCUUCUUCAUUGCUAUAUUUGCUUGUAUCUCCUCGUCUCUGCGCCUCCAAUCCUCGAUUCGCGUCCUUCGGGAUUCAACCAACUACACAUACCACGCUUUUCUAACUGGUAUAUGGACCCUGCCAGAAGCGACCUCAGCUUUUGCGGUAGCGUGCUUUCCCGUGCUUCCGAAAUUCUUCAAGAGUAUCAGAGACAAGCUGGGGAAAAAUAAGACUACCACAGGCCGCUCUUCUACGAUCUCGAGCAUCGUCAAUAUGAAGUUCGGCCGUGCGGGAGAUAGACGCAUCGACGGAAAUGUGCAUGCGCCGUCUCCGGAUUCUGCGAGGAGUAUAUAUUCACAAGGCUGGCACGAGUUGGAAGAAAAUAGAUUAAUGAAGAAACAGCCGUGUCCGAUUGAGCAGGUGCAGGAGUCACGUAGGCCGUCAAGGGAGGAUAUUUCUGGAGACGAAUCUGUUGUAUAG